AUGGAUGAUAUGGGUGACAAUGCCGCGUUCACCAGAACAUUGCAUCAGGACUUGGCUCGGAAAUACCGGCUGCACGGAUCGCGAAUCGAGCAGUUCUGGCGUCAAUUCGGUAAGCCAAAGCGAGAGGCGGCCUUCAGAGCAGGAGCUGCAGGCGGGCAAGUCCUUCGUUCGCCCAAUGACCAGUCCAUGGGCGAUGUGUACAAAUUUAUUCCCGAGUUGAAUCUUCGAGAUAUCGCACGUCCUGACUCGGACUAUCUACUGGACCAUCUAAAAUACCGCGCAACCACUUCUCUUCCUCAGCAGUACCAGCAGGGACUGAAUGGGGGACCAGGGGAUGCAGCCAUUAUUCUCGAGAGCAUGCGCACGAAAGGCCUUGGUCAUGCCCAACCUUUCCGCUAUAGCUUCACCAUGUUCUUAGAUGGGUCAGACUAUGGCAGGUCUUACGAUGUAACCGACCCUGACAAGUACCGAGAAGUGAUGGCUGGUCUGUCCACAGCCGUUCAAGCAGGCAUCUGUGUUCCACGGGCCACCGGUGAGCUUAUCUUAAUGAGGCAAACUUAUUUCCUGCAAUCUCUCAAUAUCCUCGUGGAAGAUAUUCUUGACCAAGGAUCCUCCCUGCCGCAAAAUCCACGGCCCAAGAAGACGGAAAAGGCGGCCCGCGAAGCGUUGUCUUCACUGUCUCUGGACUCAAAACCCGAAAAGCUCUCAUUGAAAGAUUUGGCCGCUCGCGCUUGGGAUCAAAAGACUGCACUUGAAGAUUAUCUAUACCUUUGCCGAACUGAGCCAGAAUUCCUAGUCCAUGUGCUUGUACCCGACGAUCGUGGACGGAUGCUGCCUCUGACGACUGAUAAGUACAUCUCCAUCUGCUUUGUUGAAGCAGUCUACAAUGCAGUGGCCGGGGCUGCUAUUUGGGGAUUCAUAUACCAUCUUCUACAGAGCCUCUUGGAAAGGCCAACCGAUCGAGCGUACAAAAUCCUCCUACUGCAGGAACUAGCCAAUGUGAUGUCCUUCGAAUACAAGCGGGUUCAAUCGCGGUUCAAGCGUUACGUCCAGGUGGGAUCAGGAUCGGGACACUUUAAACGAGUCCCUGGUGUCUAUGACAACGGCGUAGCACGGGUGACGAUGAAGACCAAACCAGACACCUUGACUCGCUCGGAUCCGCGACUCCAUUAUAUGCUUCGCCUGUGCCAAACUGAGACAACCCCACCAAAGGCAGUGGACUGGGUCAAGAAGCUUCAUGGUCUUCAAAGGACCGAUCCGAUCGAAAUGGAAAAGAUAACCGAGCUUGAGUGUGAUGCUUUCAGCGAUCUGGCGGUCACUGCUGCUUUUGCUCAGUCUGUUUCUGCUUCUUUGGCACUGCCGCCCGCGACAACCAAAAUGGGGCAAAUGUACCUGUCAAAAUUCAGGAGUCUGGACGCUGAGCUCGAACCUUUGAGAAAUGAGAUUGACCUGUCCGGCUAUGCAAUCCCAAUUGACAACCUACGCCAACCAGGAAUGGCCCAAUACGCUCUCGGUGCUUUAGGUCGAUUCAUCAUUGACAAGACCGGGGCGGACAUAGGCUUCCUGUAUCAAGAACUCAACGAAGGCUGUCUGUUUGAAAUCCAGAACCAAUAUGAACAACAAAGAGAUAAAGUAAAAUCCGCUGCUGCUGCUGCGCCUGGCCUGUCAAUUCCUGAGUCUUCAAAUUCAGAGCUACAGGUUACAGAGCGGCGUCAAAAAGUGAAAUCCCGGCCGGCACAUUCCUCUAUUUAUAACAUUACCCCGAAUACUGAGGCUCCGGAGAAGGACGAUGCCCCUGAAGCUCCGACCUUGAAGGUGGGACCUAGCACGUUUGCAGUUUUCUCAACCAUUUUCUCCAGAUCCGAUUCCAGAGGGUCGAUUCCCUGGUUAGAUUUCAAAGCUGCCAUGGUUGACCUCGGAUUCUCCGUGAUCCCAAGAUUCGGUUCCGUCUACACUUUCUCCCCGCCACAGGAAUAUGCUGCCCAGAAAGCUAUCACUUUGCACCGGCCCCAUAAGACUUGUAUUGAGGGAUAUCGUCUUCUCAUCCUCGGGAGACGCUUGGGGCGGCGGUAUGGCUGGAACCAAAAGACUUUUGAGGUAGCGUAA